AUGUCCGGCGUUCUUAAACAAAUGAUUGAUCAGGUUUGGUGCCCCCCACGUGGGUCCAAGCUGGGACUUGAAGGGUGGAAGAACCCCAACAAUUUUCAGUACUACCGCAAAUGGGGCUUUACUAUCUACCGCACCUAUUACGGCAAUGACGAGAAUUGGCAAGCGCUUCUAUACUCUUUACGGCAUCAGACUAAACUGGCAUUCGGAGCCUUCGAAGACGACAAGGAGAUAGACCAAGAUGUUAGGCGAAAACUUCAGGAAUCAUUCUAUCUCGAUGUCCGCGAGGAUCCCUCGCCACUAGACGGACUCGAUGUUCGAGGUCUUCGGGAAUUUUGCAAUGCCGAAAAGCUCAAGGAGACUGAAGUCGUAGAGAAAGGCGGCCAGAAGCUCCGCGUGAGCACAAGGCCUCGUGAGAGCCAAGCCAUGGCAGACCACCUAUUCGAUUUUAUUCUGCUUGCUGAUGAAGCAGUUUUGAAAGAUAUAGAAAAGGGAGAAUUUAUUGUCAAGGCUGUCUCGUUGCUGUGGGAUGGUAACUCGGGAUGGGGAUGGAUGAGGAUCCCAACAGGCUCUCUGUUAGAGUUAUGGACAUUCCUCAUGUGGAAUGAUGACCGAACGGAGUACUGUCUUGGCUUCCGCGGGCCUGAAGGAGAUCUUGAGGACCAUAUCUGGGCCGGGGACGAUGCACUUCACUGCACUGGAAGAUAUUCAGAGAUUCGCCCAUGGCGGUACUACAGGACCCAAAAGGAUUAA